AUGCAGAUUGAUUGUGGAGAGUGUGAAUCUAAUGGUACUUCAAUUUUGGGACUUAGAUAUAAAAAUGGUGUUUUAUUUGCAGCAGAUAGUCGUACUACUACAGGACAGUUUGUUUCAACUAGAGAUUCUGACAAGAUAGUUCAAUGUACAGAUAAUAUCGUUUCACUUGGCACUGGUAGAUCUGCACAUAUACAGAAAUUAAACAGAUUGCUUUCUAAAGAAAUAUCUGAACUAGCGGUGUCAGAAGGAACACAACCAUCUAUUACUAAGUCUGUUAAGAUGAUAAAGAAUAUUUUAUAUAAUAAUAGAGAUUUACUAAGUUGUGAAUUUAUUAUUGGAGGUUAUGAUAACGAUUAUAAACUUUUUAAGGUUUGUAAAGAAGGUGUGAUUGUUGAGGAUGAUUUAUUAAUUGCUGGUAGUGGAUCAACAUUUAUCAGAGGAUAUACAAAAAGUGCUUUUAAAAAAGAUAUGUUAAAAGAGGAAGCUAUGAAGUUUGCAAUUGACAGUUUGAGACUUGCCAUUAAUUGUGAUAAUAGCAGUGGUGGAUUGAUUAGAAUUUGUAUUUUUGAAGGAAGUGGAGUUGAAAGAUUUGUAUUGGAUGGACAAGAUGUGUUUUUUAAAAAUGAAUAA